AUGUCAAAACCACCUGAAUCGCGCCGAGGUUGUCGACACUACAUGGGCAGAGUACACGAUCUGGAAAAACUCAAUCUCGAAAUAUUCCGUGCGUGUUAUAACCUUUGAGGUAAAUUAAUCGACAAAAUAAAAGUAUCUUCGUUGUAUCCUGAUUCCACUGCUGCGUGGGCAUUUUGAUUUCAUGUUUGUACUUUGGAGUGAACUUUUCUCUGCAGUUAGCUACCCUUGCGCUCAGUAGUGCAGUGCCCAUUCAUGCUGGUAGCUCAGAUUAAAUUUUGCUAAUAUGCUGCUGCUACGUUUUUUACGACGGUACUUGCACCUGUCGAAUGGAAAGAACUAGCAUUGCUGCCAUUUAGCUGUCUAGGUUAGGGGAAGCGCCUAUAGCAGAACAAGAUUUUGCAAUCACUGGCACUGCGCAAGAAUCCGUCACACCUACUGUGUAUAUUUGAGUUUAGCAUCUCCGGGACCCCUAAAAUGAGUAGACACCAAAAUGGGGAGGAGUACAGGAACCCAACAGAGGUGAAGAAGAGCCAGAUAGUGAUGCCCUGCCAUGCCAACCACCGCCAGGAGCUCAGCGUGGGAGAGCUGCUCAAAUGGAUGGACUCUACAGCCUGUCUGUCAGCUGAAAGGCAUGCUGGGUGUCCCUGUGUCACUGCCUCGGUCGACGACAUCCACUUUGAACACACUAUUGGGGUUGGACAGGUGAUCAACAUCAAGGCCAAAGUCAAUCGAGCUUUCAACACCAGCAUGGAGGUUGGCAUCGUGGUGAGCUGUGAAGACCUGUUCAGCGAUAGCCACUGGAGGGUGUGUCAGGCGGUUGCCACGUUUGUCAGCCAGCGCACCACUGGAGGGAAGGUGCAGCUGCGUCCGUUGGUCCCCUGUACACAGGCGGAGCAGGUGGAGCACAGUCUAGCAGCCGAGAGGAGGAGGAUGAGGCUCGUCCACUCUGAUAUCAUGAAGGACCUGCUCACCAACAAGGCCUUCCAACAAGUGGAGGUCCAGGAGGCUGAGAAGGCGGUGCCAGCAGAGAGGACACGGGUGGAGAGUGUUGAGUUGGUUCUUCCUACUCAUGCCAACCACCAGGUCAACACGUUUGGAGGACAGAUCAUGGCCUGGAUGGAGAACGUGGCCACCAUCGCUGCAAGUCGUCUGUGUAACGCCCACCCCACCCUGCAGAGCAUAGACAUGUUCCAUUUCAGGGGUCCCUCACACGUGGGCGACCGGCUGGUCCUCAAAGCCAUCGUCAACAAUGCAUUCAAGAACAGCAUGGAGGUGGGCGUGUGUGCGGAGGCUUAUCAGGGGGAGGAGCCUCUGAGACACAUCAACAGCGCCUUCAUGACCUUCGAAGUCCGCGACCGGGAAGGCAAGCCGUGCAUGUUGCCAAGGAUACGACCCGAACCGCUGGAGGGAAGGAGACGUUACCAGGAGGCCAUCGCUAGAAACAAGAUCCGACUCGACAGGAAGUACAUAAUAUCCUGCAAGCAGACAGAGGUGCCCUUAUCUGUCCCGUGGGACCUCAGCAACCAGGUGUACCUCAGCUACAACAACGUGUCUGCUCUGAAGAUGCUGGCCGCUAGAAACAACUGGUUGUUAAACUCUGAGAAAAACAAGGUGAGCCUGUACACCCUGGAGGAGAAGCAGGUGUUGAGUUUUAAGGUUGAGACGGAGGUAGACAUCCCAGCUGAGAGGGCCUUUAUGCUGCUCUCUGACUUAAGCAAGAGAGUGGAGUGGGACCCAAACUACGAGAGGUGUGAGCUGAUUCUUAGGGUGGACGAUGAUGACUUUCUGUACCGCGUGGUGACUCCCUCCAUAGGCCAGGAUGGGGCCAGUAACAGCCCUUCAGCCAAUCAGGGAGGGAAGGUCCAGGACUUCAUCCUCCUGGCCUCCAGGAGACCACCGUGUGACAGCGGGGACCCUUAUGUUAUUGCUCUGCGUUCAGUCACUCUACCCACACACCCUCCUACAGAGGGCUACAACAGGGGAGAGGUGCUUUGUGCCGGCUUCAGCAUCCUGGAGGUCUCCAAAAAUAUCUCCAAGAUCUCCUACUUCAACCAGGCGUCUCCCGAGGUCCUGCCCUACAUCUCCACAGACAUCGCCGGGCUCUCUUCCAGCUUCUACGGCAUCUUCUGCGCCUGUAACACCUUCCUCCAGGAGAACAGGGGUGACCAUGCCUCCACCCCCCAGUCCCAACCACCCUCCUCUACACUAAAAAGUACACAACUGUAACGCCUUAUCCUUCACCACCCUGACCCCCCUCGCCCUUGAUGACUAUUGUACUGAUCGAUUGAUCACACUGUCGUUAGACGAUCUGAUUAUCUUCAACUGUUUAUUUUAUUAGAAUGGUUUAUGUAAGGAGCCUAAUUCCCAGAUUUGUUUGUGCAGUCUUGCCAACUCCUAUGGUCAUUGACAAUGAUCAUGAAUGUAGGAGUUAGCAAAACAGAUCUGGGACCAGGCUAUAAUGAAAAGAGGAUUUUUGGAGCAUCCUACAGUGAAAUGUGGUUUGAACAGGACUCAAUCCAGCACCUGGAAAGUUUUUGUGGCUGUGAGUAAUUAUGAUUGCCCCUUAAAGCACUUAGUCUCCAUCCACUCCCCACCUGUGUUCAUUAGAUUGACACCCAACCGCCUGUGACCUGGCUCAACCCUGCCCAGAACACUGGCCUCUUCACACACUAAGCUGAUCCAUGUUGACAACAAGGAUUAUUAGUGUGGAAAACUAGGUUUUUCUUUUUGAACAAUGUUCCAAUCAUAACUUGUGAAAAAUAUGAGACAAUGUUUGAAAUCAUUAUUAAAGUAUUUCAAUUUUUCCAGAGAAAGAAUACCAAGAAGGGCUCUUUUAUUUGACAAUAAAGGGUCAGAAUUGCAUUUCAUAUGUCGGAUAUGUUUUAUUAAUUCGUUUUUUAUGACAAGGCUAUUAAAUGUUUCACUUUACACAAGAUAUUGUUAUCUAAGAUACAAUAUUGUAUCUUAAACUAAGGCGAUUUAAAAAAAGGGGGGAUAUAUUGAAAAGUUAAUAGAAAAUACAAAAGAGUUGUGUCACGUCCUGACCAGUAUAAGGGUUAUUUGUUAUUGUAGUUUGGUCAGGACGUGGCAGAGGGUAUUUGUUUUAUGUGGUUCGGGGUGGUGUUUUUGUAGAAGGGUAUUUGA